UUAUACGACGCGCAUUGUCAUAUUUCGACAGACUUCAACGGGGAGGAUAUCGAUGAGCUGAUCGCAAGAGUUAAGAGGUGGGCACCAGCCCAGUUUGUCGUUAUGUCAACGAACCACCUGGACUACAAAUACGUGGAUGAGUUGGCGACGAACUGUUCUAACGUCAUACCCAGUUUUGGGGUCCACCCGUGGUACUCGCACCUUUUCACGUUGGAAAGUGGUGGUGUUGAUAAGAAAACUCACUAUUGUAGUGUCUUUGGCACGGAAGACGUUGAAGCAACGUUACUGGAGAUAUUACCGGAGCCCAUCCACUUUGAAACGCACCUCAGGCAGCUGGUGGCUCUAUGCUUGAAACACUCUCCUCGAGUGUGCUGGGGAGAGCUUGGGCUCGACAAGCUCUUCAGAGUGCCCGACAAUGGGUUUUAUAGCAACCCGCAACGCCCAAGCACCAAACUGACGAAUUACAGAGUAUCAAUGUCGCAUCAGAAACGAAUUCUUGAGAGACAGCUGGACGCUGCCCUCCAGCACAACUGGCCCUUGUCGUUGCAUAAUGUCAAGGCUGGCGGUGCAGUUGUUACCAUACUGAGGGAGUCCCUGGAGAGAAACGGGAUCGGUCACGGAGCCCGAGUAUGUUUCCAUUCGUACACCGGGUCGAUAGACACUUUGAAGAUGGUCAUGAAACAGCUCAAACCCCAUACGAUCUUCGUGUCGGUAUCGGGUUACAUCAACCUGGCGAGAAUGGACGAGUUCAAAGAACUGUGCAACGUUGUGCCGAGGGGCCAGCUGCUCACAGAGACAGAU